AUGAUGAAUACAGUACUAGAUAUUCCUAGCACUGACAGCACCUACUACGCCGACCUGGACGCCUCGCGCAUCACGCCCAUGGCCUACUUCUACUGGUCCGGGCGCGAGAAGAUCAGCGCGGAGAUCAACGCCAAGCUCUCCAUCAAGGCCGCAGCCGACUUCAAGAAGGAGAUCAAGCCAUUUGAGCGGUACGAGAUGCGGUCGCAGGUGGUGGCCUGGGAUCACCAGUGGAUCUAUUUGCUGACGCAUUUCGUGAAGACGGGCAAGCGGAAUAAGAACAGGAAAAGCAUGGUCGCGGCCGUGGCGAUGAGCAACGGGGGAAAGGUGCCUCCUAAGCCUCCGGUGACUGUUGCGGAGGUAAAGAAUCAUGAGGGAAGCGUAGGUGCAGAGCUCGAGUUCACGCCGUCUACUAAGGCAGGAGGUGAGUGGACGUGGGAGCAGAUCGAGGCGCAGCGGCUGCGAGAGUUGGAAUACUGCCGGUCGUUCAUGGGGAUUGAUGAUGAUUUUUAA